AACAAUUCUCUCUCUCCCUAUCUAUUGCUAACCCUAGCCUAUAUCGAAUCUCUCACUCUCUCUCUUCGCCCUUUCUCUCUAAAUCAAGCGCCGCCCUCUUCAGGUGAAAACCCUAAGGCUCGCCGUCUUCCUCCAUUCUUUCAGUCCGCCGCCUUUCUCCGUUCUUCUCCUCCGCCGUGAUGAACCCUUCGUAUGGUUGGAAGGAAUAUCUGAGCGAUGAAGUGAUUCCCGAUACCGAAGAUUCUCUGUCGUUGUGGGGUGAUCCACCACCGGUGUUUUUCCCUUUCUCCCUGUUGGAGACGUUGCCGGUGUCGCCCGAGGAGUGUGGUGGUGGCGCGUCAGAGAGCGAGGGCGUCCGAGAGUAUGAGGUAGAUGAGAGUCAUUCUCCUCCGUUUCGACCUCCGAUCAUCCGACGCCCCGCAAGGGUGAAAACGAGAGAGAGGUUCCCUAAAUCCUCUGAAAUCAAGAGAGAUUUCGACUUUCUCUGUCAUGAAACUUGGAGAAUUGACUUUCUGAGCGAGGAAAACCCUAGAUGGCAGGCGAAUUCGAAGGAAUUGGAGGCGGAAUUGGAUGAACCAAACGAGUGGUGGCCCAUUGCAUCCAAAGCCCACCUUCGGAUGCUCGCACACAUGUUCCCAAUUCUAUUUCUGGACUGAACCUUCUGCUUUGCUGCCCGUGAUGGCCUCGAGAGAGAAGAUCUUCCAAGCUGCUGAGACUGAAGCCUAGACCCUGAACCAUCUCUGCUGCCUUCGUUUUUCACUAAUGCAGUCUCAGAAGUUGAGCCUUG